AUGCAGCAGCAGCAGCAGUUUGCGCCGCGGCCAGCGGCGUAUGCGCCGACCGGGUACGGCGCGCCGCAGGCGCAGCAGCAGCAGUACGGGUAUGCGCCACAUCAGCAGCAGCAGCAGCAGUUCGGAGCCGGCCGCGGCGGCGGCGGGAGCUUCUACGACCAGAUGCGUCCGCAGCAGCAGCAGCAGGCGGCGCACGGCGGCUUCGGCGCCCCCGCGCGGCCGUGGCUGGCGCCGCAGCAGCAGCAGCAGCCAUAUGGCGGCGGCGGCGGCGGGGGCCGGGGGGCAUACCACGCCAAUCCCUAUUCCGCGCUGCAGCCCGGGCAGUACGCGCAGCAGGCGCCGCCCCAGCAGCAGUACGGCGGCGGGCGCGGGCGCGGGCGCGGGGGACGGUAUUAA